UAAAAGCAAAUAUAUAAAUAGAAACGAAUAAACGUUAAUAAAAAUAAUUACUAAGUAAACUAAAAAGAAAAGAUGUAGUUAGGGGGCCCACAAGACGUCAAAAUACAUCAUAACAUUAUAAAGUCAAAAACUUUUACACUAGUUUAAUAAAUUGAAAUUAAAAAUAAAUUGUUAACCUGCAUAGAAAAAUACAACUUCGAUCACUAUGUGUUCGGCUCGUUAUAACUUUCGUUCAUUUGCUUUUUGUAUUUUUUUACAUUUUUAUUUAUUAAUGAUAUAUGUAUAACGUUGUGAGUGAGUCUAUACGUAUGAAAUAGAAUAAACAAUUUAAUUUCUUCUGCUCCAUUGAUUCAUUUUUGCAGUCAUCGAAAAUGGUGUUUUAUAAUUAACCACAUUAAGUUUCAUUAUACUGCACUUGUUCUUGUGCUUUGUCGCACGUGAGCUAAGAUUUAAAUUAUUUUCCACGUCACUUAUUACUCACCGCGAAUUCGCUUGAAUAUAUGCCGGUAGUGGGGCCAACGGAAUUCUCGCACUAUGCCUUUGCGCCGAGUAUAUAUGUAAUGUUUAUUACACUUGUAGGCAGUUCAUUAAUUGAACUUUCGCUAUUUUCACCAAAUAGCGUAAUUGUGGGAUUUUCUAUUUUUUGCUUAGGUAUGACGCAUUUAAAUUUCUCAGAACAUGAUUUAUACAAUGCAAAAAGUACAUGCUAAGUAAGACAAAAUUGCGAUUGUGUGAUUAUUUUAGAGCCCCUGACAUCGUUGGUGCUUAAAUACUAUUUUAUUUUGUAACAUUGUAAUUCAAUCGUAAUAAUAAGACAACAAUUGCUUAAUUCACAUGAUUGUGACAAUUAUUAUUAUUACCUAUAAAAGGUGUAUUUCGUUCUCAUUUCGAAUGACAUUUCAAAAAAACUAUUCAAAAUAGAAAUUUCGUACCGCGCUUAGGCUUUAAAGUGCGCAACGAAAACGAAGCAGAUUCUUCAACAAAGCUGAUUUUUUUCAAAAAGCUACAACAACGAAUUUUUAAUAAAUGUUAAUGUUUAUUUUGUUUUUACAAUAUUCCUAGGUAAACCGUUUAUCUCGUAUAGAUUAUAUUGAGUUAUUGAUGAAAUUAUUGUUUGUAUGAAAAUUCCGUCUUAAAUUGCAUCAUAUCCAUGCGAUAAUUGUGAUAGAAGUAGAAACUUAUGUAAUUUUUUAACAAAGUCAAAUGUCAUAGUUGUACUACAUAUUUACAUAGAAAAGUAUAAAACUUUAAACCAAAAAUAAUAAUUGUAACAGAUUUAGCUUUGAAAAUCCUUAACAUGUAUUAAUUGUUUUGUCCUUGUCAUGUUUGCUGUUAAUACAUGUAAAACAACUAAUACAAACCUCGUUAAAGAAGCAACUGAAAUCAAAGAUCUUAAAUUUUAAUUAAUUAACACAAUAUAUAAUCGCAUAAAGAAGAUCUAAAUAUAUUUAAGUUAUUUUAAUAUAAUUUACAAAAUAUAUAUAUUUAUAUAUAUACUUAUAAUUUAAAAGCACUAUUCUUCAAUUGACUUUACUGCAAAUAUCUAUCAUUCCAAGAAACAGUAUUUCGUGAGGUGAAGACUACAACAGAUAGCAACUACUCUUUCACUCACGCAUUCUACGCUCACACACUCGACUUUAUUUAUCUAUUAUAUAUCUCACUCAAGUAUCGUAGAUAUAUACAUAUAUUUAUUACUCAGAUAAUAGUAUUUCAUUUAAGCAAACUCGUACACUCGCAAAUUACAAUAAUGCCUUUACUCAAGCGCAAAUGCACGCUACUUUUUAGCCUCUGCAGCAUAACUCUACUGUUGUCUUGCCUUUUGCAACAGCCUUCUGCAGUUAAAGCGUGCUCUAGUCGUUCCGUACCGAAGCCACGUUCAAUCUCGUCGGCUGCCUCAUCGAUCUCGCCACAAAAAUCUACUACAACCACAACAACUACCACCAGCACCACUACAACUACAGAGCCGACAACGACAACCACAACCACACCUCGACCGAAUAUUACCUUUCCGACUUACAAAUGUCCAGUGAACUAUGAUGCCUGGUACUGCUUGAAUGAUGCCACCUGUUUUUCUGUCAAAUUGGGUGAUUCGGUGAUGUACAAUUGCGAAUGCGCCAAUGGUUUCAUGGGUCCUCGCUGUGAGUACAAGGAAUAUGAUGCAUCCUUCUUGCCGAAACGUCCACGUCCAAUGUUGGAGGAGGCGAGUAUUGCAAGUGGCGCCAUUUGUGCAUUGCUAUUUGUGCUCUUCGUCUGUUUGACUCUUUACUUGCGUUAUGAGCAACGUAGUAAAAUUUAUGCUGAGGAAUAUGAAGUAACCGACGCCUUGGAUGAUGAUGAUGAGGUAGCGGGCGAAAUUAAUUAUUUCACAACUAAACCUUGUCGUUAUUGCAAUGGUGAAGACUGUUGCGGCGCGGAGGUUAGCGUUGAUGGUAAUGGGAAGCGUGGUCGCAAUUAUGGCACUGAUGAUGGCGGCAGUUUUGGCGGUGUGCCUUCAUUGCGACGUUAUAUUGAGUCCUUCUCGGUUUCCUUUGCUACGAAGCGGACUACCAAAUUGUAAAGCGGAAAUUAAGCGCAUAAUAAAUAUAUUUAUAUACAAUACAUACAUAUACAGAGAGGAUUGUGUUGUAUUUGUUAGAAUAAAAAAAUAUUUUUUAACAAAAUAUUAUAAAAAUUGCAGUAUUUAUACUUUAUUAUAUCAAUUGAGCUCGGGUCAGUACAUGAAAAACAAAAUUUGAACAUUGUUAAAUAUUAGUAUUUUACAUAUUUGGCAAAUGAAAAUCGAAGAAUUUUAGCUACACGAAAUUGUACUAAAUUUUUACCUUAAACGCACUCGUUGCUUUGAAUAUAUGUGUAAAACAAAUGACCAUAUUUUAUUCAUAUGAUUUUUACGUACUUAAAUACUUUUGUUUAGCACUGCCUAAAGAAUAUAAAUUUAAGCUGACGUUAUGAAAUGUAGAAGGACUUAAUUGUUUCGAACUUUAGUUUUUAGAAGAAGCGGUAAUCGAAAAAUCUGUAAAAGUAAAAGUAAAAAGUAAUAAUUAAUUUUUUUUAAGCAUUUUUGAGCAGUUU